AUGAAUCCGGGCGGUGAACAAACAAUAAUGGAACAACCCGCUCAACAGCAACAACAACAGCAACAACAACAGCAGCAACAGCAACAGCAGGCAGCAGUUCCUCAGCAGCCACUCGACCCAUUAACACAAUCAACUGCGGAAACUUGGCUCUCCAUUGCUUCUUUGGCAGAAACCCUUGGUGAUGGCGACAGGGCCGCAAUGGCAUAUGACGCCACUUUACAGUUCAAUCCCUCAUCUGCAAAGGCUUUAACAUCUUUGGCUCACUUGUACCGUUCCAGAGACAUGUUCCAAAGAGCUGCAGAAUUAUAUGAAAGAGCACUUUUGGUAAAUCCCGAACUAUCAGAUGUGUGGGCUACUUUAGGUCAUUGUUAUCUGAUGCUGGAUGAUCUGCAAAGAGCUUACAAUGCCUAUCAACAGGCUCUCUACCACCUCAGUAAUCCCAACGUACCGAAAUUAUGGCAUGGAAUCGGCAUUCUUUAUGACAGAUAUGGUUCGCUCGACUAUGCCGAAGAAGCUUUUGCCAAAGUUUUGGAAUUGGACCCUCAUUUUGAAAAGGCAAACGAAAUUUACUUCAGACUAGGUAUUAUUUAUAAACAUCAGGGUAAAUGGUCUCAAGCUUUGGAAUGCUUCAGAUACAUUCUCCCUCAACCUCCUGCUCCCUUGCAGGAGUGGGACAUAUGGUUUCAGUUGGGUAGUGUUUUGGAGAGUAUGGGAGAGUGGCAAGGUGCGAAGGAAGCCUACGAGCAUGUCUUGGCUCAAAAUCAACAUCAUGCCAAAGUAUUACAACAAUUAGGUUGUCUUUACGGUAUGAGUAACGUACAAUUUUAUGACCCUCAAAAGGCAUUGGAUUAUCUUCUAAAGUCGUUAGAAGCAGAUCCCUCCGAUGCCACUACAUGGUACCAUCUCGGUAGAGUGCAUAUGAUUAGAACAGAUUAUACUGCCGCAUAUGAUGCUUUCCAACAAGCUGUUAAUAGAGAUUCAAGAAACCCUAUCUUUUGGUGCUCAAUCGGUGUUUUAUAUUACCAAAUUUCUCAAUACAGAGACGCCUUAGACGCGUACACAAGAGCCAUAAGAUUAAAUCCUUAUAUUAGUGAAGUUUGGUACGAUCUAGGUACUCUUUACGAAACUUGUAACAACCAAUUAUCUGACGCCCUUGAUGCGUAUAAGCAAGCUGCAAGACUGGACGUAAAUAAUGUUCACAUAAGAGAAAGAUUAGAAGCUUUAACAAAGCAGUUAGAAAACCCAGGCAAUAUAAACAAAUCGAACGGUGCGCCAACGAAUGCCUCUCCUGCCCCACCUCCUGUGAUUUUACAACCUACCUUACAACCUAAUGAUCAAGGAAAUCCUUUGAACACUAGAAUUUCAGCCCAAUCUGCCAAUGCUACUGCUUCAAUGGUACAACAACAGCAUCCUGCUCAACAAACGCCUAUUAACUCUUCUGCAACAAUGUACAGUAAUGGAGCUUCCCCUCAAUUACAAGCUCAAGCUCAAGCUCAAGCUCAAGCACAAGCUCAAGCACAAGCACAAGCUCAAGCACAAGCACAAGCACAAGCGCAAGCACAAGCACAAGCACAGGCGCAAGCACAGGCACAAGCACAAGCACAAGCACAUGCACAAGCGCAAGCACAAGCACAAGCACAGGCACAAGCACAAGCACAGGCGCAGGCACAACAACAACAACAACAACAGCAACAACAACAACAACAACAACAACAACAACAACAACAACAACAACAACAACAACAACAACAGCAGCAGCAAUUACAGCCCCUACCAAGACAACAGCUGCAGCAAAAGGGAGUUUCUGUGCAAAUGUUAAAUCCUCAACAAGGGCAACCAUAUAUCACACAGCCAACAGUCAUACAAGCUCACCAACUGCAACCAUUUUCUACACAAGCUAUGGAACAUCCGCAAAGCUCUCAACUGCCACCUCAACAGCAACAACUACAAUCUGUUCAACAUCCACAACAACUUCAAGGCCAGCCUCAAGCCCAAGCUCCCCAACCUUUAAUCCAGCAUAACGUGGAACAGAACGUUUUACCUCAAAAGAGAUACAUGGAAGGUGCAAUCCACACUUUAGUAGAUGCCGCCGUAUCCAGUAGCACCCACACAGAGAAUAACACAAAGUCUCCUCGUCAACCAACCCAUGCCAUUCCAACGCAAGCUCCCGCAACAGGAAUAACGAACGCUGAACCACAGGUAAAGAAGCAAAAGUUGAACUCUCCAAAUUCAAACAUCAACAAAUUAGUAAAUACUGCUACUUCCAUUGAAGAAAAUGCAAAAUCUGAGGUGAGCAACCAAUCGCCAGCAGUAGUGGAGUCUAAUACCAAUAAUACUUCACAAGAAGAAAAACCUGUAAAAGCAAACUCAAUACCUUCAGUAAUUGGCGCACAGGAACCUCCACAGGAAGCUAGUCCUGCUGAAGAAGCUACCAAAGCAGCUUCUGUUUCUCCUUCUACAAAACCGCUUAAUACGGAACCAGAGUCAUCUAGUGUCCAACCAACUGUAUCAUCAGAAAGUUCAACAACAAAAGCAAAUGACCAAAGCACUGCUGAGACCAUAGAACUUUCUACUGCUACUGUUCCUGCAGAAGCAAGCCCUGUAGAAGACGAAGUAAGACAGCAUUCUAAAGAGGAAAACGGCACAACUGAAGCAUCUGCACCUUCUACUGAAGAGGCGGAGCCAGCAGCUUCCAGAGAUGCUGAAAAACAACAAGAUGAAACCGCUGCUACAACGAUAACUGUAAUCAAACCUACUUUGGAAACAAUGGAAACAGUGAAAGAGGAGGCCAAAAUGCGUGAGGAAGAGCAAACAUCUCAAGAAAAAUCCCCACAGGAGAACACACUUCCAAGAGAAAAUGUAGUAAGGCAAGUGGAAGAAGAUGAAAACUACGACGACUAA